AAGGGUUUAUGCCAUUUCAUCCUUCUCUCAUUCGUGGCCACACUGUGUCCACAAACGAUUAUCUACACUACUAUAAGCCUUUCCCACUUUCUUCAGCUUCAAAGCACAAUCUCAACCUUUGAAGUGGUAGCUAGCUAGCUUAGCUAAACCAGUAACCAAACAUGGCAGCUCUCUCUGGCACCAUGGUGAGCACCUCCUUCAUCCGCGGCCAGCCGAUGACCAGCCUACGGUUAGCCCCCAACAUGGGCCAGGCUCUUUUCGGGUUGAAGGCCAACCGUGGAGGGCGUGUGACAAUGGCUGCUUUCAAGGUGAAGCUGCUGACACCAGAAGGGCCCCUAGAGUUUGAGUGCCCGGAUGAUGUUUACAUUCUUGACGCCGCGGAGGAGGCCGGUAUCGACCUACCCUACUCUUGCAGGGCUGGUUCUUGCUCUUCAUGUGCUGGCAAAGUUGUAGAAGGGGGUGUGGACCAGUCAGAUCAGAGCUUCCUUGAUGAUGAACAGAUUGAUGGUGGAUUUGUCCUUACUUGUGUGGCUUAUCCUUCAUCUGAUGUUGUGCUUGAGACCCACAAGGAAGAGGAGCUCACUGGUUAAGUGUGAUCUCUAUGUUUCACUGUGGUUGUUGCUGUCUCCCCCUGAAUUUUCUGUAUUAUCAUGUUUUGAUAGCUGCUGGUUGGCUUAGUUUAUUUCAGGAUAAGGUUUGCCCCUGUUUCUAAUUAAAUGAGUUUGUACUCUCCUUUGUAGUAUGAAAUCAUUCUUGCUUGUAAACCCUUAUAUGAAUUCUCUCUCUCUCUCUCUCU